AUGGUCAAAGCACCAGAAUGUCGUCCGAAGAAGUCUGAGAAUCCAACAACUUCAGAGGCUCCGCCCACUGCUCAAGCUUCACACCCACCACCAGCCGAGGAUCGUCAAGAGCCAGAAGUAAUUGCUGAACCACAAAGACCUAUCCACCCAAAUGAACGUAUUCGGAAUCAACCGGUUUGGGAGGAAUGGGUAUCAAUUGCAUUGCCAGAGCCUCGAGCACCUCGCCAAAACCCCAGAGAGCGUGAAGCGGAGCAUCGAGCAAAUGCGGAACAAGCUCACCGGGAGAAUAAUCCUGUCUUUGAGUAUAUGGUCAACGAGAGAGCCCGUCGAGAGGAGCAAUUGACAGAGGAGAACACGAUACUGAUGGAUACCGUACUCAUGUUGCAAGCGAUGCGAUCAAGAACCACAAUCAUCGAGAACGAUGCGCGUGUUCCGACGGCUCCUAUAGCUACUGAUUACUUCAGACAAUUCGCUCAGAGAAACAUGCAAAGAAGAAAUGAGGUGCAUGACGAGCUGGAGUUUUUGGGAAUAAAUAUGGGAAAAACCACGCCACAAGAAGAAGCGUCACCGACAAAAAUGGCUGCAAGUCAUAAACCAAAUGGACCCCAGAAAUCUGGAAAUUCUGGAAUCCAGAAGAAAAUGGAAAGCCGGAAGACAAAAAGAAAGAGGAAUUAA